AUGGCCAAGUCGUCGCCCACCGAGAAGCGCCUGGAGGAGCGGCUCACCCAGGAGCUGCGCGACUUCCAGCGCAGCAACCCCGCCAACAAGCGCUGCUUCGACUGCAACGAAAUGACUUCUUUGUGGCACGGACAGAUGCCCCAAUACGUCUGUCUGGACUUCAACACCUUCGUCUGCACCGCCUGCAGCGGCAUCCACCGCGAGUUCGCGCACCGUGUCAAGUCCAUCUCCAUGUCCAAGUUCACGGAGAGCGAGGUCAAGAACAUGGUCGGCCACGGCGGCAACGAGGCGGCGCAGAAGUACUGGCGAGCGAAGCACGACCCGAGCUUCCGUCCGAACGGAGGCACUGACGGCGAGCGCACGCGGAACUUUAUUCGUUUGACGUACAUUGAUCGAAAGUGGGUUUAUGGGUCACCGCGCCAUGCCAAGGAUGAAGAAUCGAAAAGCAGCAAAAAGAAAGAGAAGAAGACGACUGGCAGCGACGACAAUUUCUUUACUUCUAGCAAGAAAUCAGCAAAGGCGACCAGUAGCAGCGCCGACAGCGGAUUCGCAGACUUUUCCAACUUUGAGGGAAGUUCGAGGACGGCUGCUGCUGUGCAAUCAUUUGGAGACUUCAGCAACUUCGAUGCUCCAGCUGCUUCAAAGAAGGCUGGCGACGGCUUCGCGGAUUUUGGCGACUUCGAAGGUUCCAGCAGUACUGCAAUCCCCGAAGCCAGCCGCCCGAGCCCCGCAGCUUCUUCUCCUUUUGACGCCUUCGACGCCCCCACACCUACGAGUCGCGCCGGUAGUCGUGCCAACUCGGCUGCAUCUCUCGACCCGUUCAGUGACAUGUCUGCUGCAGCCCCGGCCGCGCCUCCAGCUGCGCCGGUCAUACUGAAUGCUUCACCAUUCGAUGCGUUUGGCUCCCCGUCAGCGUCUUCGUCACCAGCGUUUGAUGCUUUUGCUGCUCCGGCUUCUACCGCAGGUAGCAACGUGUUUGAUGCCUUUGGUGGCGGUGGAGACGCUUUCGGAGAUUUUACGGGAUCGAACAGCUCGUCACGAACAAACUCGGCCAACGCUGGACUGGAUCCUUUUGCCAGCAAACCCGAGAAGCCUGCUGCCCCUGCCGCUGCCGCGGACCCAUUUGCAGCUUUCGAUGGGAUGCAGUCGAACGCGCCCACGCCCGGUAACACGGCUCCUACACCCGACUUCGGGGCUCCAGGUUUCGCCGGCAACAGCAACUCGAGUAAUCAAGCGACAACGAGUGACCCGUUUGGUUUUGCAAGUGGGGCGAGCAGUGGCAAUGGAUUCCCGGGGGCUCACCCACAGCAGCAGCAGCAACCGGUUGGUGCGCCUAACCAGGCAUUUGGCGGCUUUCCUGGUGGCUUCCCGCAGCAACAACAGCCUCAGAAUGCGAUUGGCGGUCACAUGCAGCAACAGCAGCGAAUGCAGCAAUUCCAGCAAGGGCAGCCUCCCCACGCUCAGCAGCAACAAUGGUAUGGUCAGCAGCAAGGAUUUCCCGGACAGCAGCAGCCGAUGCACCCGCCAGGACAGCAGUAUCCUGGUCAGUUUCCUCCUCGUCCGGCUGGCGGUGCUGCCCCUCCUGCCCCGAUUCCAGUGAAGACUCCUGCAUCAGCGGCUUCGAUCAACGAUCCUUUCGCCUCGCUCAACCUUGGCAACCUGGGAUUCGGUGGCUCGAGUUACAGCAACACUACUGCAGCACGCACGGGCUCGGGAGGAGUUGUCGGCUCGGCACCUGCAAACCGAUCGGGCGCAAGUAAUUCGUUCGGGAGCGUUCCGACGGCACCAGUGCCUGCUGGAUCAUUCGCCUACGGCCAGCCGCAACCUCGAGCGUCGAACUCGUUUUCGCAUCCUCCACAGAACGCCGCUCCGUUUGCUGACCCGAACGCGUUCGGAGACUUUGCUAGUGCGCCUGCUCCAUCGCAGCCGUCAGCUUCUUCAGCCAACCCUUUUGACUUGUUUUGA